CUUGAUGUCUCAUCUGAUGACAUUGAAGAACUCUGUCAUAAUCAAAAGGUAGUCGAUGCUAUGCUGAAGGAGAUUCAGUCACACGUAUCAGGAAAGCUACAAAAGGUAGAAAUCCCAAAGAAAAUUCACCUCUGCGCUGAACCAUGGACCCCUGCUAGCGGAUUGCUCACUGAAGCGCUUAAAUUGAAGAGGAAGGCCAUUGAGAAAGCAUUCCGAGAGGAGAUUAACGAAUUGUACAAAUAA